AGCUUUGUACUUAGGAAGUGUAGUUUUUAUUUCCCCGGCACCCUGUACAAUUCUCAUGCGGUUCUAUUGGGGAAAAAACUUCUGUGAAAAAGACAGCAUGAAGUACAGAAAGCUAUGUGGGGUAGAAGAACAUGCAGGCUCCCUGACUUCCACCCUCGCUUCCAAACCCUGCAGCUUACUGAUAACAGGGGCCCUUAAAUACAAGUAUCCUGAACAGUAAGAUGCUGUCUCGCCCCAAGCCAGGGGAGUCUGAGGAGGACCUCCUCAAAUUCCAGGAUCAGUUUCUUGCUUCCAACACAUCUGCAGCUGCUAAGGUAGUGAGAAAGGCUGAUAAAAGGAAAGGAGAUGCUGAGAAUUCAGCAGAUUUGACAUCUCAAAUAACACCUGGCAGAGAUGUUGUAACACUUCAGGAAUUCCCAGACUUACCCCCAAUUUUGACUCCUGGACCCACCAAGAAAUCAAAGUUUGCAAGAGAACGAGUUCAAUUUGCUGAUGAAGACCCAGAAGAUAUCUUGGAGCAGCAUGACCAGCAUAUCACUACUGUCUUUUCAAAAAUCAUUGAAAGGGAUACCAGUGGAGUCACAAUUACAGCACCUGUUCCCACCGGAUUACCAUUUCCUCAGGUGUUCCACAGGUCCCAGGUCCCAAGUCAGGAUUUACCCUGCACUGCCAAAAAAAGUAUAUUUGCCCAAAAAAUGGCUGCCAAGAGAGCUGCUGAGCAAGUGAAGGAAGAGUCACUCUCCAGCCCUCAAAUGCUUUCUUGUCCUUUGGUAAAUCACACCAGUGUCUUGUCCUCUAAUGUGAUUAAAUCAACACCAUUACCAGAGGCAAUGGAUGUAGACAAACCGACUCUUAUUAGUGGACAGGGUCUUGGAAUCUCAGCAGGUCAGGAAGAAGCACGAAAGAUUCAUGAGGAGAAUAUGGAGAAACUGAGAUCUUUGUCUAAAGAGGAGAUACUGCAAGAACAAGAGCAACUGCUGUCACAACUUGACCCAAAGUUGGUGGCCUUUUUGAAAUCAAAGAAGGGCAAGAAAACCACAGAUGGUGACUCCAGCAAUGUAAAAGCAUCACAGGAACCCCGCCCUGUUCACUUAAAAGAGCCACAAUAUCUUUCAGAAGAGGAUACCUCUGAAAUGAGUCCAAGGCGAAGUGAAGAGAAAGAAAGCGCAGUUGCAGCUGAUGAUCUCCCAGUAAAACCACAAAAGGAAUGGGUUCACAUGGACGCUGUAGAGUUUGAGAAACUGGAAUGGAUGAAGAAUCUUCCACUGGCCAGGCAAAAUAAAACAAAGAAGGGAAUGCAGGCAAGAUUCAGUCUGAAAGGAGAUUUAAUUCCUCCAGAUUCUGAGAUCCCAACUCACAUGGGCUUGCACCAUCAUGGAGAAGAGGCUGAGAGAGCUGGUUACUCCCUCCAGGAGCUUUUUCAUCUUUCUCGUAGCCAAUUUAUCCAGCAGAGAACUCUGUCACUACAGAUUCUGGGACGUAUUGUUCAAAAGGCAAAGCAGGGGGAAUUCAGUGCUGCACUGAAGGGGAGUGUCCUGCAACUGCUUCUUGAUGCUGGGUUUCUCUUCCUUCUGCGCUUUUCUAUAGAUGAUACUGCAGACAAUGUUAUUGCAGCGGCAGUUCGUGCUCUGCGUUCUCUACUAGUGUCACCUGAAGAUGAGGAAUACCUUGAUAAAGCCUUUUUGUGGUACCAAGGAGCCAAGGUCUUCCCCUUUCUACCCAGUGAAGAAGAGGAGGAAGAAGAAGAUGAUGAAUAUGAGGAAGCAGAGGGUUUGGAACAGAUGAUAGGAAAAGAAAAAAGGAAAAAGGCAAAAGAAGAAAAAAAGUCAGACCCUGAUGUAGCACGUUAUGAUGCCAUAAAGGGACUACUAAAAACCAAGCUCCUUCACCGACUUCGGUACAUCCUUGAAGUUGUGCGGCCAGCACCAUCUGUGGUUUUGGACAUUUUUGAUAUUCUCACACAUGUUGCCAGACAUUCAGUGACAGCUUGUAGUCAGCUUCUGGAUUGUCCAAGAUUGAUAGAGACUAUUGUGCAGGAAUUCCUUCCUAUUCAGUGGAGCAUUCAAGCUAAUACUGGUGACCUAGGUCCUACUAACCUAUAUGGAAUUCCAUGCUCUGCUGCCAUGAAGUUUUUGAGGGUCCUGGGAUCCUCAGGCCGUCAUUCAGCUGCAAGGCUGCUACACAAGUUUGACUUGAAGAACCGCCUCAGUAGAUUUGUUGCUCAGGAACCGCAAGAUCUGCCUCUACAGAAAGAGGAAGCUGAGAGGAUGAGCACUGAGACCUUUCGGAUGUGGGCUGUGGCUGCUGCCUAUGGUCAAGCCUGUGAUUUAUACAGAGAACUGUACCCUGUGCUUAUGAAAUUUCUUCAGUCCCUGCCUCACCUUAUCUACACAUGCGGGGGAGGCAAUAAAAUGUCCCUUCUCUCUAUCCAGCGAGCUGCAUCUGUGCUUACUCUGCUAACUCACAUAACUCAGACAGCAGGAUGGACAGCUGAGAUUGAGGCUCAAUUUCGCAGUGUUCAAGAAGAAGAGGGCAAGGAAAAGACUCCUCCUCCAUCUGUAUCAUGGGAUCAGGUGACUGGGCUUUUACUCUUAGUAGAAGGAUGUCUAAGAAAAUGUCUGGAAGAAGUGUCCACUCCUAGCAUGUGGGAUUUGGUCAAGCCUCUCGCCACCGCAUCUCUUAAUUUUGUAGCUUCUUAUUACCAAGCAGCCAGCAGGCAGCCCUCUCUGGACACUGUGAUAUGUAAUGAAGAACUCGAGAGAUUAACUACUGAGGUGCUGUUACCAUUUCUGCAUCAUCCUACCGUAGCUUCCAUGUGGGACCUUCUCAGACCAUGUUCAGCUGUUUGUAACCCCUGUUCCUGUGCCCCACUACCUGAGUCGGUCCCUAGCAUUGUGUCUUUGGGAUGCACUGGAGGAAAAGCUGCACUGACCUUGGCAGGAACAAAAUCUCCUUUUUCCAUUCUGACUUCAGUUCUUAACCUUGUCUGCAACAUUUGUAACACCCACAAGGGAAUGACCAGUAAGUUUGCCUUUCUAUUGGAGUCCAAAGGACUGCAGGAUUACUUAUGGCAGAUUUGUGAGUCCCAAUCUCCAGCGGUGACUCCUCCUUCUGCUUGGGUUCUGCGGCAUGAAUAUCACCUGCAAUAUUGUGUGUUGUCUCUGCAAAACAAAGUGGCUGCCAUGUGUCCAGAUGGUUGCCACCAUGCUUCAAUUUUCCACAGUGUCUCCCUCACUCUAGUGAGUAGGCUCCUGCCUGGCAGUGAAUACUUGGCUUAUCAGCUCAUUUCGGGGCUCAUCUUUAACCCAUCUUUCUUCCCAGAAGAAGCAGCCGGAGGCCCUGAAGCAGCUGACUUGUUUGAUAUCCUACAUAUUGCUCCCACUUCAAAACAGGAACCUCCUAAAUCAGUAGCUUUCUCUUCUUGUCCCAGCCGAGGUGUUCUGCUUAAAGAAGGCUACAAAGACCUUCCUUCUAUUAGAGCUUGUUACUUAGCACACUUAUCUCAUAUGGAACAAGAGCUAAGUCGGUCAAAAUUUAUCUAUCAGGAGCGGACUUGUUCUCUCCAAUCUGCAAUGCUUCCUGAAACAAGAGGACCGAUUUUGCCUUUUGAUUGGCCCUUCCUCCCACUAAUUAAUCUUUAUAAUAAAGUAACUAAUGCAGAGACAAGGGGCAAUGUAGUGAAUACUCUCCCUCCAGAUCUCGUAAAUAAAAUCACAAGAAAUCUUCAGUGGCUUCUUCUCCUGGAAAGCUGGCGUCCUGGAUGCUUAAAGAACAUUCCUACUGCGGCCAAGCUAGCUCGCAUAAGUUGCGUCUUUCUCACAGGGGGAGACCUAUUCUUAGAAGGGUCUGUCCAUGCAUAUACUACAGCCAUCCUGAUGCUUUACAGCCAGAAUAAGUGUUUGGAGUCCUUUAAAUUGGAUGUUCCUGUUCCUGGCCUGGCCUCAUUUUAUGACUUCUACAUGGACCUUCUAGAACAGUUUGAGAGUGUUUCCUUUGGUGAUCCCUUAUUUGGGACAUUUGUUUUGCUUCCAUUGCAGCGGCGUUUCAGUGUACAACUUAGGCAGGCUGUUUUCGGAGAACGUGUGAGCUGCCUGAGGUCUCUUGCUGUAUCCCUAAAAGAGUUACCUGUCCCACUUGCCUUAUAUACUUCUCCUUCUGAGGAUAACCUGGAUCUCCUUCAUCUCUACUUCCGAACCCUGGUGACAGGAGCUUUGCGCCAGACCUGGUGUCCUGUUCUUUAUGUUGUGGCUGUAGCUCAUGUAAACAGCUUCAUCUUUUCACAAGACCAAGUGGCUCAGGAAGUUGAUGCUGCAAGAAAAAGCAUGCUCAGAAAGAUCUAUCUACUGGUUGACCAGGAUUUACGGAGACAUCUCCUAUUCUACAAACAGCUGUUCAGCGACAGUCCUGUGGGAUUUGAGCUGUAUGAGCAGCUACCUCCAAUACGAGAGCGCUAUCUGAAGAUUGUGACUGAAAAGCACCACGAGGCGAGUGGAGUAAACUCCAAGUGAAGGAAAACAUAUAGUCAUACUGUUCCAAGGAGUCCUUUAAAGCCACUUACGUAUGAACAGCAUUGGUAUAAGACCUGUAUUCUGUGCCAGGAGGCAUAGUACAAAACUGCCCAUUUCUUGUAAGGGCUGUUUAACCCCCACACUGGUUUAUUAAACCUAAGCUGAAGAGUUCUGAUGUAGAAGGACCUCUAAAUAGACUAAUAGAUCUCCAUUAUUUCCCUUAUUUUUAUUGGGGAAUGUAUAAUAAAAACCUUUUUUUUUUUUUUUUAACAAAGUUAUGGGUUUAUCAGUAUUUUUUUCUCGCAAUAUGUUGGACAAAUCCAUUGUAUGUUUGUAGCACAGAGAACCUUUUGGGUGCCAUAUAAGUGCUGGCUGUGUAAGCCUUGGUAAUUAUUGGUAAGGGGCCAUUUACAAAUGAGCAGGCACAAGGGGCAGAAAAUUGCACUGCUUGGAGUGCCAUACACUGGGCAUUUGUGUAUGCCAAAAGUUCAGUGCAAACAGGCAUUAUGUGCAGUGCUCCAUACAUGAAAAUUUACACUUGACAAUGCUAGUUUCUAUGCAGAGGGUGUAUUGUGAGAAAAAAAUUAUGGCAGUAUGCUAAUUUUUUCAAUUUGCACCCUGUCCCUCCCAAACAAGACCUUAUAUGUCAACAACAUGCCCACAUUUGCCAUAUGUGCACCUGAGGGCCUAUGUCUAGGGUGGCACCUUUAGGGGACAGCCCUCAGGUGCCUAUAUGGGGAAAAAAAUUCUCAAAAAAAAUUGUGUGCAUGUUCAUGAAUGAGGCCUCACAUCUUUUCAUCAUCCUAAAGGGGUGGUUCACCUUUGAGUUAACUUUUACUGUGUUACAGAAUGGCCUAUUCUAAGCAACUUUUCAAUUGGUCUUCAUUAUUUAUUUUAUUUUUUAAACUAUUGCCGCCGCCUUCUAACUCUUUGCAGCUUUCAAAUUGGGGUCACUGACCUCAGCAGCCAAAGUCUAUUGCUCCUCUGUGAGGCUAUAGAUUUAUUGUUACUGUUACUUUUUAUUUCUUGUUUUUCUAUUCAACUCCUCUCCUAUUUAAAUACAGCCUCCCAUUUAAAAUGCUCCCUGGUUGGUAAGGUUAUUUGGACCCUAGCAACUAGAUAGCUACUGAAAUUCCAAUCCGGAGAG